UCGUGGCACUGUACUAGACGCCAUGGGCAGACUUUUCCGGGCUACAGCUUAGGCCGUGAGUGCAGCUCGGAUCCAUGAAGUGCAAAGCCUCAGCAGGAUGAGCCAAGAUCGCCCAACCUUCCAACCCGUGCCUCUGCAUGACUCAGCUGCAGAGCCAUCCGUCUUGCGAAGCGCAGAUAACGCCACAAGUUGGGUGCCUAUGACCGGCUGUCCUGCUGGUUUCCCCAUCGAAAUUUUCGAACCAGCUAUUUCCCAACUUCUAUAUCACCCAGAGUAUAACUCCACUCUCAUCCUACGAACGGAAAUUAUAUCAGAGAGCGGCACAAGUAUACCAGCGGAGACGCCUUUCUUCCAAGGAUACCGCGCGAUACGGUCUAUCCAUCGCAGGCUGCUGCCACGGCGCCCUGGUCGUGACCAGGGCUUAGAGCAAUACUGCACUUUGUAUGGCCUCUCAAAUGGCGAUUCGGACGAGGACAUGACGCCGUCGUUACUUGUGCUCACACCAAUCGUUGAUGGUGAAGGGUCUCUGCCAUACUAUCACCCCCGUGUCUCGCAUCUUGCCUUUCGUUAUGUGCCUUCGAAAACACCUACGAUACAGAUCGAGGCCGUUCCGCUACCAGGCACUCCCCUCGACAUAAAUGCUAGACUAUACCGGACGUGUCUCGCUCUCUUGGAGACACUCCACCGCUACGGCUGGGGUACGAUGACGCAGUACAAGAAGCGGGUCCUACACGACCGGGUUGUACCCAGAGAUGAAUAUCAGGACCUCUAUCUUGUCUUGCGAGAACGCCACAAGCACCUCGUCAAUGAAUGGCACGAGGUCACUGACCCCCUGAAGCACGUAUUUGAGGACAUAGGCAUUGCAACAUUUCUCAUCUUACUAUGGAAGCAGAUGUACAAGCAAGAGUGCGCGGACGAGAUAAACAUCUCAUUGGACGAAGAGCCGUGGAAAUCGUGGCCGCGUCCUCCUGCAGGCUUCGUGGACCUUGGAUGUGGUAACGGUUUGUUGGCGCAUAUACUCACCACUGAAGGCUAUGAGGGGUGCGGCGUUGACGUCCGUGCACGAAUAUCCUGGGCUCAUUAUCCUGAGUCCACUCAGAAGAACCUGCGUGUGGAGGCAUUAGAUCCCACCGCCUUGUCACAGCCGAACUUCAGUCAUCUAGACCUUGUUUCAGGAGUGUUCCUCAUCGGCAACCACGCAGACGAGCUGACACCAUGGGUGCCCAUCAUCGCCACGCUUUGCCACGCCUCGGGCUACCUCUCAAUUCCGUGCUGUGCCUGGACCUUUGAUUCGCGUUACGAACGGUCGAGGGAGGUACCUUUUUCUACAGGAAUGGACCCCGACGAAUUUGCUGACUCGCUUCACCUCGGUGGGGACGGUGGCAACACCAGUUCUUAUUCGCACUACCGAAUCUGGCUCGCUUCGCUCAGCCUUCACUGCGGCUGGAAAGUGGAAAGCGAGACGUUGCGUAUACCGAGCACCCGAAAUUGGGCGCUGAUAGGUCAUGCCUGGUCCUCGCCAGAGGAUGCCGAACAAGCUCGCAAGAACGCCGUCGAUAUCUUGAUCGACGUUGAGAGGCGGGGUAUAUUCAAGACGCGGCGUCCUGAAGGAAAAGCGGGUGGUCACUGAGGUAACGAUAUUUGGGCCAUGCCGCGAGUUUUGGAUCCUUGUACGACAUGCAGAACGUCGCGCGCGGCCAAUCCGAACUCUCGCGAACCGGGCAUCACUGCCCCAUAAAUGUUGUCCGUUCCAGACUAGUGGCGUAUACGCAGAGAUCGUCCUUGUAUUCGCGAUGAAUGCAUGUUCAAACUAAAGCUUGCGUUUCCGC